AUGGUAUCCUAUUCUUGGGUAACACUUGCCACUAAUGAUGAUUACGCAAUUGGAGCUCUUGUUCUUGGGGAGUCCUUGAAAAAAGUACAAACAAAGUAUAACCUUCAUAUCAUGGUUACAACACAAGUUUCUCCUAUUAUUAAGGAAAGAUUGUCUGAAGUAUACAAUAAUGUUACUCUUGUUGAUGUUUUAGAUAGUAAUGAUAGAACAAACUUAAGACUUAUCGGUAGACCUGAUCUUGGUAUCACUUUCACUAAACUUAAUUGUUGGAGAUUAACUCAAUAUGAGAAAGCUGUUUUUUUGGAUGCCGAUACUCUUGUCCUUCAAAAUGCUGAUGAGUUAUUUGAAAGAGAGGAACUUUCUGCUGCUGCUGAUAUUGGAUGGCCAGAUUGUUUUAAUUCUGGUGUUUUUGUUUUUAAACCAAGUAAUGAAACUUAUGAAAAAUUACUUGAUUUUGCUCUUAGUUUUGGAUCAUUUGAUGGUGGUGAUCAAGGAUUAUUAAAUGAUUUCUUUUCUUCCUGGUCAAUUGGUCCAUCUGAUCGUAGGCUUCCUUUUAUCUACAAUAUGACUGCAGGUGCCAUUUAUAGUUAUGCUGCUGCUUACCAAAAGUUUGGUAAAAAUGUUAAAAUAGUUCAUUUUAUUGGAGCAAACAAACCAUGGAAUACAAAAGAUAGUCUCCAUAAACAGGAACAUUUUGAUGAAUGGAAAGCUAUUUAUAGUGAAAGUGUAUCUAAGUACCUUCCAAAUCAAUUUCAACCAUUUGUUCUUACUACUGAAGAUCAAAGAAUGCAAUGGGAGAAAGGGCAACCAGAGUACUGGGGACGUGAUGCAUAUGAAAAUAUUCAGAAAGCUAUUGAAGAAUCAAUGAAAUUAUAA